AUGGCUAAAAUCAGCUAUGAAUCUAGAUUUCCAAUCAACCAAGCUGAAGACGGCAGUGAGGAAGAUUGUGAAUUACCAGCUGAACUAGCACGACUUCUUGAGCACGAAGAGAAAGAGAUUCAGCCAUACAAAGAACCAGUGGAUGUCAUUAACUUGGGUUCUGAAACUGACAAAAAAGAGGUAAAAGUUGGGGCAUCUCUCGCCAAGCAUGUACACUCCGAGUUGGUAGAUCUGUUACGUGAAUAUGUCGAUGUCUUUGUUUGGUCAUAUCAACAUAUGCCAGGGUUAGACACCAACAUUGUUGAACAUCACCUACCGCUCAAGCCUGAAUGUCCUCCAGUCAAGCUGAAGCUCAGAAGGACCAAACCCGAUAUGGCGCUCAAGAUCAAGGAAGAGGUUAAAAAGCAGCUAGAUGAUGGCUUCUUAGCCAUUUCUGAGUAUCCGCAGUACAAUCAGAUAAAAAUGUCACCAGACGAUAUGGAGAAGACAACCUUUAUCACACCUUGGGGAACUUACUGCUACAAAGUCAUGUCGUUCGGCUUGAAGAGUGCAGGGGCAACAUAUCAACGCGCCAUGGUAACACUCUUUCACGACAUGAUUCAUGAAAAGAUCGAGGUUUAUGUGGACGACAUGAUUACCAAAUCCAGAACUGAGGAAGAUCACUUGGUAAAUCUGAAAAAGUUAUUUGUGAGACUCCGAAAGUUUAAACUGCGUCUGAAUCCGAAAAAAUGUACUUUUGGGGUCCGAUCAGCUAACUGUGAACCGAUUUUCAAAUUAUUGAGAAAGAACCAACCGAUUAUGUGGAACAACGAUUGCCAAGGGGCAUUCAAUAAAAUAAAAAAAUACUUGCAAGAGCCACCAAUCUUAGUACCACCGGUUCCGGGUAGGCCGCUCAUUAUGUAUCUCACAGUGUUGGAUGAGUCCAUGGGUUGUGUUUUGGGUCAACACGACGACACAGGUUAUCAACUGUUGAGGUUUGACUUCCCAGAUGAGGACAUCAUGUUUAUCAGAGAUUUUACUAUGCCAGGCUUCGAGGUAAGCCCUGAGGAAGGCCCUGAACCAGGAUCGCGAUGGACGCUUGUGUUCGACGGUGCUUCCAAUGCCAGAGGUCAUGGUAUAGGUGUUGUUAUCACUUCUCCAACCGGUUUCCGCAUUCCAUUUACCGCUAGAUUGUGUUUUGACUGCACCAACAACAUGGCAGAAUAUGAAGCAUGUAUAUAUAUUUUAGAGGCGACAAUCGACUUGAGAAUCAAAGUCCUUGAGGUAUUCGGUGAUUCAGCUCUGGUAAUCAGUCAGGUGAAAGGUGAUUCGGAGACUCGGGAUAGCAAGUUGAUACCCUACAAAGAGCACAUCAAAAAACUGAUAUCCUAUUUUGACGAAAUCUCCUUUCAUCAUAUUUCUAGGGAAGAAAAUCAGUUAGCAGACGCUCUAGCCACGCUAGCAUCUAUGUUCAAAGUCAAAUGGAAGAAUGAAGCACCAUCCAUCCAAAUUGACCACUUAGAUAAACCAGCACAUUGUCUAGCAAUUGAGGUCGAUCCUGACGAUAAGCCUUGGUUCUACGACAUAAAGACGUUUCUGGAGAAACAGCAAUAUCCCGAGGGUAUAUCCAUUACCGAUAAGAAAGCUCUAAGAAGACUCUCUUCCAAGUUCUUCCUAAACGGUGAUGUACUAUACAAGAGGAAUUAUGAUUCCGGAAACUCUGUACUCUCGGGUUUAUGGAAUGGAGGUCGUCCUACCGACCGAAGUCGAGAUUCCUUCACUCAGGGUUAUCAUGGAAGCAGAUCUUGA